AUGACCGAGGCAAAUUUAAAAACCAAAAUAACACUGUUGCAAAUGGCAACCGAGAAAAGUGAUGCAAUUCUUAAUGGAAACAAGAAACGAGCGAUUGCCAGACACGGGGAGAGCUUGAAAGAAACAAUAGCUGUGGUAAAUAAAUUGCGAUUAACAGUCGAAGCAGAGAACAUUUCCAAAGAAACAAGUGCCGAGGAGAUCGAAGAGUGGAAUAAAACCGUAGAGAAUACGAUAGAAAAAGCCGACGGUAUGGUUGAAAUUUUAGAGCAAUGGUUAGACGAACAAGAUGCGAGAAAGGAGAAAAUACAACUCGAGGAAAAAGCAGAAAGAGAGGAAAUAGAACGGGAAAAACAACUACAAUUUGUGCUAAAAUUACACGAAGAUAAGGUGAAAUUACAAUCUGAAAUUGCACCGGAAGUUAGUGUGUAUACAAGGGGAAGUAAGCAAAACAUUGAAGCGAAAUUGCCAAAACUUCAUAUAAAAACAUCCAGUAAUUGAUGAUGCGAAACCAGAUGAUCCAUCAAAGAAACGAGAUCGACGAGACACGAUGACGAGACAUUACUACCAGACACAACAAGGUAAAACCGAACAGUCGAGUAAGAAACGCCCUUGUGUAUACUGCGAUGGGCAUAACCAUCGAUCAUCAGAGUGUGACUCGGUUAGAAUGGCAGACCAACGCAAGGCUAUUUUGGCAAAGAAAAAGUUAUGCUUUAAUUGCACUGGUGCGGCACACAGAGCGUCAGAAUGUAGGAGCACAGGGACAUGUAAGAACUGUGGCAAACGACAUCAUACUUCAAUUUGCGAUGCGACCGGUCCACCAAAGCCAGUGUUAACUGCGCAUAUGGAGGUAUAUAAGUAAUCUACCCCACUGUGUUGAUUGAAAUUGAUGGGAUCAAGACACAUGCCCUUUUAGAUACAGGAGCUAGUAGUUCAUAUGCGUCAGCAAAGUUGAUUGAAAUACUUCACAAGAAACCAAAGCAAGUAAAGACAAGAAGGGUGGACAUGAUGCUAAGUUCUACAACAACCAAAGUAGAGAUAUAUUCAGCUAAUCUUCAGUCGGUUGAUGGUAAAUUUAACAUGGAGAUCGAGUUAUCUAAAGUCCACAAACCACAACUUUUGAUGAUAAACAACCCGAAUUUCAAGGGACUUUGCGAAACAUACACCCACCUUGAGGGAGUGAAAGUCAACGAAGAUCCAGCAAACCGAGAUCAGAUUCCAAUCCACGUAGUCUUCGGUGCGAAGGGCAACCAUCUAACCUUGCCAACAAAUGAAAUGGGUAGCAAGAAACGGCUGGAAACUUGAUCCGGAAGCUGAAGCUGAAGAAGAAUGAACUAUUUGAAGAAUACAAUGCAGUUAUUGAAGAGCAAUUACAGAAGGGCAUAGUCGAAGCUGCACCUGAGAUACCAACUGGAAAUGUGUACUACAUCCCCCACAAGGCGGUGGUAAAGAAAGAAGCAGAAAGCACCAAACUUCGCAUUGUUUAUGAUGCGUCCGCAAGGGAAGAUAACACCAAACCUUCGUUAAAUGACUGUCUGCACCCCGGACCAUCCCUACAAAAUCAACUUUGGGACAUUCUAGUCAAAUCACGAUUCAAUCAUGUUCUACUCACUAGUGACCUCAAGAAGGCGUUCUUACAAAUAAGAAUCAAGCAGGAAGAGAGGGACUCUUUGCGCUUCCAUUGGAAGGAACCAGACUGUGACGGGAUUAAAGUUUACCGGUUCACAAGAGCGUUAUUUGGACGUACAUCCUCGCCAUUCCUCCUUGCUGGAGUCCUGAACCAGCAUCUCGAUGCCUGGGAAGAUCGGUAUCCUGAACUUGUGAAAGAAUUACGAGAGGGGCUCUAUGUCGAUGACUUAAUGACCGGUGGUGUUACAGUGGAAGAAACGGGAGAAAAGAAAGUCAUGGCAGCGGAAUUGUUCGAGGAUGCAACAUUCUCCUUCCACAAAUGGCACUCCAAAGCCAAGGAGCUUGAGGGGGAUAGUGGAACAUCAGUUGAGUCUGAGGACGUGAGCUAUGCCAAACAACAGCUUGGAGGGGGGAGAAGUUGGUGGGAAAUUACUGGGAUUACCGUGGAACAGAGAAAGAGACACAUUUAGCAUAAGCCUUGAUGUGAACACUUGCACAACGGAGAGAGAGGUUAUAUCCCAGAUUGCUAAAUCGUACGAUCCUUUGGGUCUUGUAUCACCAACUGUGCUUGUUGCUAAGUUACUCUAUCGGGACAUUUGUGACUCUAAGAUAUCGUGGGAUGCACAGUUACCAGAACCCCUCUUGAAACGAUGGAAGAGUUGGAGAAGCUCGUUGACUGAAGAAUUGACAGUGCCCAGUCAGCCCAGACCUCUUACACCUCAUCGUGUUCUUGUCACUGGUAUCGAACUGCACAGCUUUGGAGAUGCAAGUUCACAGGGAGUUUGUGUAGCGGUAUACCCCGUCGUCCAUCAAGUUGAUGAAGUAACACAAGGACUUGUCUGUGCCAAAUCUGGAAUUGCCAAACGUAACCAAACCAUCCCGCGUUUAGAAUUCAUAGCUGGUCACAUGGCAGUUAACCUUGUAUCAAACGUAGAAACGGUACUUAGCAAUUACCACGUGGAGACCUUCUGCUGGCUUGACUCGACCGUGGCCCUUUACUGGAUAAAGGGUAAAGGAGAUUAUCGUCAGUUCGUGGCGAACCGUGUACGGAAAAUUCAGGAGCAUAGUCAA